AUGUUAAAUCAUAAUAUAUUUAGAUUUAAACGAUUUGUUUUGAUAUUUUUGAUAUUUUGUACCAUACCAUGUCCUUCCUAUUGUUUUAUCGUUUCCUCUAAGGGAUUGUUUAUCUUAAAGUCACACAUUUAUAGAUCGCCUUGUAAAAUAGACACACUCAAGUAUUCCAAAAAGGAAGGUAAUUUUUUAUUAAACAACCGAAUAAAUGUAGAUUCUUCUGAUGAAGAUAAUCAAACAUACUCACUCAAUUCAGAAGAUGAUAAUAAUUCUGUAUAUUUAGACUUAGAUAACAAAAAUGAUUCUGAGAAUGUGGAUUUCUUACCGAAUGAUAGUUCUCAAAAAUCUGGAGAAAAGAAAAAUAAUUUGGACUUUGAUAAGUUCGAAUUCGAUCCAGAAACGUAUAAGAAGAUGGUAGAUAGUUUUGCAUUAUAUAAAGGGCCAUCAUACUCACUUAGUGAAUACAACAGGGAGUUGCCGGAAGGAUGUAAAACUAUCGCAGACUUUUUAGAAUACCCGCGCAACUACAACUUCUUUAAAUCGGCAGAAAUAGUAUCGCAAGGAAUUGACUACGGACUUGAAGGCUCAUUAUAUGACGAUGAUGGCCUAUCUGAAGUGAAAAGGAUGGAAGGACCGUAUUUGAAGUCGUCAUAUGAAACAAUGGGAAAACUAGCAGAAAGCACAGAAAAAAGAUACACAACACGGGAGGAUGAAGAAGAUGAAGUUGAGCCAGAAAAGAUGUAUGACAUACUGAAAGAUAGGAAAAAGGUCGAAGACUUUGAUGAAAAACAGGUUGAUGAAGAAUCAGAGAAUGUAAAUCAUGGUCAAUCAAAGGCAAAUAGAAAGGACGAUGUACCAUUAUCUAAAAUCAAUCCAAACUACUUCAUGUUUGACUCGCACGGACACCUGCAGUACUAUUUGAAGUACAUAAACGACUACAAGUAUGACCUGUUCAGCUAUCAUAACAAAAACGAGGAAAAACCAAGUUUUUAUUUGAACUAUGAAUACACAAAAAAGAUAGAAAGGCCGUUUCCGCCUAGCAGAGACCACACAGAAAAGUUGAGAGAGUACUUCAUAUCACUACUGCCAACACUGAUGGAUAGGUUAGUGGAGUUGAUAAAGAAUGACCCAAAUAAAAAUAACACACCGUCGCCACCGAUGCACGAUUUGUCACUAUUACUUAACUUUAACCAGCCAAAGUACCUAUUCGAAGAUGAAGAUGAGUAUGAUGAAAAUGGUAACCCGCUGGUGGACAAGGAUCAAAAGUACUAUGAAAAGUACGCAAGUUUAAAGGGGAUCCACGAACCGGAGAAUGACUUGAUAUACCCGUACAGCAACACUGAACCGGUGCUGCUGAGGAAGCUGUUGAGCACGUACCUGGAAAUGCACAACACGAGGGACUUGGGGCCACUGCCAACAUAUAGAAAGUAUAAAUCGAGAAGUAAGUACCUGAAAGCAGCAACAUUUCCAACACACACGAAGCCGCCGGAGCCAAUAAGUGACAUAGAUCACGGAAAUUAUCUGGAAAAAUGGAAAAACCUGCCGAGAUAUGAAAUAAGAACGAAGUUGUACGAACGAGGAAAGAAGAAGAGGGGACAAGCAAUGGUAUACCUGGAGCCAGGAAACGGAAACAUAAUCAUAAAUAACAAAGACGGAUACCAAUAUGUGUGCUAUAACGAGUUCAGACUGAGAGAAAUUCUGGAGCCGCUGUCGAGCCUGAGGCUAAAGAGGAACUUUAACAUAGUGGCAAAAGCGCACGGAGGAGGAAUAUCGGGACAAAGCGUAGCAAUCAGGCACGCACUGGUCAAGUACCUGUACAGAAUCCUGUCGCCGAAGCUGAAGCCAAUCUUGCGAAAGUUCGACCUAGUAUCAAUAGAUAGAAGAAGAGUAGAACGGAAAAAAACGAACCUGAGGAAGGCGAGAAAGAAGGAGAUGUAUAGUAAAAGAUAG